UUGACGACCCUAAACCCGGGCUAGUCUUUGUUGGCCCACAUUUAUCCUUCUAUUUUGUAACGCGGGAGGCGUGUUUAACUUCUGAGGCUGGGGGUCCAAAGACAUGUCGAUCCGGACCGGUCUAACCUGGGUUAUCUCACCUUAGAAGCGUUAGCACGGCUGCCGUUCCGAGCUAAACAUGUCCCGGGUUCUGAUCGUGGGAGCGGGCCUGACGGGCAGCUUGUGCGCAUGUCUGCUGAGGAGAGAGCUGCAGAGUCAGGUGGAGAUCGUGGUGUGGGACAAAGCUAGAGGCGCGGGAGGCAGAAUGACCACCAGUCGACCUCCAGACUCGUCCUGCAGCUCGGCUGAUCUCGGCGCUCAGUAUGUCACAGCCACCGCCGCCUACGCCAAGUCCCACCACAGUUUUUACUCCGAGCUGCUGUCCUCUGGAGUCCUGCAGCCUCUUGACUCUCCGAUUGAAGGACUGAGGCAUAAAGAUGGAAGCAGAGACUACAUGACGCCACUGGGCAUGGGCAGUCUGGUCAAACACUUCCUGUCUGAGUCAGGGGCAAAUUUAUUCUUUGAGCAUCAUGUGACCGGCCUGUUUCUCCGCGGUGCAUCAUGGGAGGUCCAGAGGAAGGCGGGGGGCAGUGAGACGUUUGACGCCGUGGUCCUGACGAUGCCGGUCCCUCAGAUUCUGCAGCUGCAGGGAGACGUGGGAAACAGCGUUAGAUCAUGGUUCCUGUCGGUUACACCAUGGUUCCUGUUAGGUCUGGAGAACCUGGAGAAACACAAGGAGGAGGUCCAGCCAAUCAUCUUACAGGAACUCCAGAAGCUUCUUCCUGAUCUGCCUGAGCCGGCCAGCGUCAAGUGUCAGAAAUGGAGGUACUCCCAGGUGCUGACCUCGGUGCCGGACUGCCCCGGUCAGAUGACCAUUGUGGACCGGCCGCUGCUCGUCUGCGGCGGCGACGCCUUCACCCACUCUAACUUUGACGGCUGCGUGGAGUCUGCACUGAGCGUGCUCAGUGUGAUGAAAGCUGCACUGUGAUGGGGCCAAUGCGACAGGAAGUGACUGUGGACUGAAGUUAAUCAGCAAAUAUUAAUUUAACACAUAAAUGGUUGAUGAAGACUCACAGAAACGUUUAUCAGUGAUCGUUAAUAAAUGUCUGAAUGAUCAAUAAAUCAGCCUUUCACCUGUA